UCUCUCAUGAGGCUGUCGCCAUGAAAGCAUUUCUGUGAUAACCAAAGUUAAAUUCCGUUUUCACAUUCAAUCACUUUUCUUUAUAGGUUCUUUCACCCCCACAAACACUUAUUCAUUUUUAACAAGCUUCAAUCUUCUCUCUCUCUCUCUCUCUCAAUUCUGUCUCUUCACCACCCUUCUCCACUCACAAAUAUAGGUGGUGAGGAUGUCGACUCCGGCAAGGAAGAGACUGAUGAGGGAUUUUAAGAGGUUGCAACAAGAUCCUCCUGCUGGCAUCAGUGGAGCUCCUCAGGACAAUAAUAUCAUGCUUUGGAAUGCUGUGAUCUUUGGACCAGAUGACACCCCUUGGGAUGGAGGUACGUUCAAGUUGACACUUCAGUUCUCAGAGGAUUAUCCUAACAAACCACCUACUGUGCGCUUUGUUUCUCGAAUGUUUCAUCCAAACAUUUAUGCAGAUGGCAGCAUAUGCUUGGAUAUUUUACAAAAUCAGUGGAGUCCAAUUUAUGAUGUAGCUGCAAUACUUACCUCAAUCCAGUCAUUGUUGUGUGAUCCAAACCCAAACUCGCCAGCAAAUUCUGAAGCUGCUCGGAUGUUCAGCGAAAACAAGCGCGAAUACAACAGAAGAGUGCGUGAGAUUGUUGAGCAGAGUUGGACUGCUGAUUAACCAUACCAUAUGGCAUUGACCUGACAAUGGCUGUUAUAAAACAAAAGGAUUUGAUUGAAUAACCACCAGACUAUUACAAACAACAACUAUGCUUUACUUGCCCUUGAUUUGACUGUGUGUUUGCUCAAACUUCAUAUGAAUUAAACAUUCCACCAUGUUGUGCACAUUCUUGCUUUUGUCGACACCUUCAUCUUUGUGGUUUGUUUCAUCAUUACGACGAAAGACAGCAUAGUUAACAGACAACUUCGGUUUGCCCCUAAACAGAAGGGGAUGAAUUUCUUUAACAAAA